UGCAAGUGGUCCAGAAAAGGAUUCAUCAGAACCCGCUGGGCCCUGGCAGACUGUGCCUUCGAUCUGGUCAACAUUCACCUUUUUCACGAUGCYUCCAACCUGGUGGCCUGGGAGAGAAGUCCCUCGGUCUACUCUGGGACCCGGCAGAAGGCUCUGGGCUUCGUCUUAGACCGGAUUACAGACCAGCGCUACGACAAGCUGCCCUUCUUUAUCUUUGGAGACUUUAACUUCAGGCUGGACUCCAAGCAGGUCAUCGAGAGUCUGUGCUCCUCUGCCACCAUGCAGACCGUCAGGACCACCGACACCAACGAGGUCCACAAGCUCAUAUUCAGAGAGACGGACAACGAUCGAAAGGUUGUUCUUCAUCUUGAAAAGAAGCUUUUUAACUACGUCAACCAGGAUGUUUUCCGGGAAAACAACGGGACCUCA